CACAAACACAGUUGGUUUUAAACUUUUUAGAAGUGCGCAGACGUGAGUUACUUUACGAAGUUACAUAAAGCAAUUUCUGUUAGUUUUUAUUUUGUCCAAAAAAUUUUUAAUUUUUGAGUGACUUUGUUUUUUUUCAAAAAUAAAAUUUUCGUGUUUUCGAAACAAUAAUUUGUUUUUCCUUCAAAAAGAUAAAAAUACAAAAAAAUAUAAUUCAAAAAUGAAACAGUGCUUGAUUUUGGUGAUCGCCCUCUUCGGAGCCGCUAUUGCACAAGAAAACUUCAAAUGUCCAGACGAUUUUGGCUUCUAUCCACACGACAUAUCGUGCGAUAAAUAUUGGAAAUGCGAUAACAAUGUAGCCGAAUUGAAAACUUGCGGAAAUGGAUUGGCGUUUGAUGCUAGUGAUUCCAAAUUUUUAACAGAAAAUUGUGAUUACCUUCACAACGUCGACUGUGGUGACCGCACCCAACUCGAACCACCAAUUCCAACCACACACUGUUCCCGUUUAUAUGGAAUUUUCGCCGAUGAAAACAAAUGCGAUGUAUUCUGGAACUGUUGGAAUGGUGAGGCAUCCAGAUAUCAAUGUUCACCUGGUUUGGCUUACGAUCGUGAAGCUCGCGUUUGCAUGUGGGCCGAUCAAGUACCAGAAUGCAGAAAUGAAGAAGUUGCCAAUGGAUUCGCUUGUCCAGCUGCCGGUGAAAUUUCAAAUGCUGGCUCAUUCUCUCGACAUGCUCACCCAGAAGAUUGCCGUAAAUACUACAUCUGCUUAGAAGGUGUUGCCCGUGAAUACGGUUGCCCAAUCGGUACAGUAUUCAAAAUUGGAGACAGUGAUGGUACAGGAAACUGCGAAGAUCCAGAAGAUGUUCCCGGAUGUGAAGACUACUAUGGUGACUUGGAUUUGAAAAGCAUCCGUAAAAGUGAACUCUUAGCUGGAUUACAAAAUACCGGAGAAGCCCGUGCCGUUGCGGCCAAAGCUGCCGCCAGUGCUGCCGUAGCAAAGCCACGUCCACAACCCGCCAAGGAAGCUUAAUUAUUCUAAAUUAAAUACAGAAAACAGAAAAAAAAACGUACUCCUCCAUCUCGAAUAAUCCAUAAACACUUAGUAAAACCGGAAUGAACGACGAAAAAAAAUGCGAAACUUAAAUUCUAAAUUUGUUUUUACUUCUUAGAAAAAAAAAACAACUGAGAGACUGUUAAUGUAUAGGAAACUAUGAAUGAUUUUAGUGAGGGAAUUUUUAUCGUGUGUUACUGAUGAUGAUGAGAAAUUCUUAUAUUUGACACAUCACUUUUUAAUGAUACAACAAUAUGCAGAAAAGAAAAAUUUGAAGAAAAAGAAGAUAAAAAUCACAAAAUGUCAACCUAUUUUUUCUCUCUCCUCUCUCUCUCUCUCCUGUAAUCUUUAGCUUUCCUAAUAAUUUAUUAUUUUUCAUGAUUUAGUUUUUUGUUAGUUUCUUUUUUUUACUUGUUUCACUAGCAAAUAUUUUUUCUCUUUUUUUUUCUUCACAAUUUUCUAACAAUUUGGAUUUUAUUUUCUUUUUGUUUUUAAUUUUUUUUCCACUCGAAUUUUGCAAUUUUAAUAAAUAUAGUAGAAAAAUUGACACCACUAAAAUUGUAUCAUAGUUCUAAUAAUAAUAUGUUUUUGUACUUGUACAUAAUUAAUUAUUAAAAAAAAGAAAAAGUUAUCCCGAACGCUGAAUAUAUAAAAGAGAGAUAUUUAUGUAAGCUCAUCAAUGUAAAACAGCCACUAUUUUUCCUGGACACAUACGUACGAUAUAGGGAGACAAUAUAUACACAACAAACACAACAAAACAAUAAAUUAUAAGACAAAAAUAUAAACGAGAGAUAAAGAAAACGAAAAUAAACUUGAAAAAAAUUUAAAAAAUUUUGAUUUUUGUUAUACUCAAGUACGAAAUUAACACACACAUUUCGUCCCACCGUUGACGUCCUUUCGUACGGACUGGAGAUUUGAAUGGUUGAAAAUGGAUCGUUCGGAUCCUUUCGACUGGUUAUAAAAUCUCAAUUUUCAGUUCCAGCGAUGACAUAAUACACAAUUUUUGUAAAACUCACGUUCUCGGAUACCCACACAAAAUGACAAAUUUUCAAUAUGUUGACUAACUUCGGUAUUAUUUUGUGGAACAUUUAAACAUCUCUAGAUAUUUUGUUGCAUGAUGUUAACAGACCUCGUCCUUUGGACGUUCAAUUAUUUUUGUAUUUAACAAUUAACAACACUUACAGCCAAAAGACCAAGGACUCGUAGCCGAAGCAGGGCAUAAUUUUAAUUCUGAAAAAUUCGGAAUAUUCGACAUAAUCUGAAAACGAUGCAAAAAAUUCCGAAUUUUGGUUUUUGCAAUUUUCCGAAUUUUGCAGAAAUAAAAUUCCCAAAAAUAAGCCCUGAAGUACAUCAUUUACAUUCAUUUAGGAAACUAUUUUUCAUCGGCUCAGAUCUGGACCUGAUGCUUUCUGGUAACGCGUACACGGGUGAUAGAAUCUCUCGAGUCCUGAACAACCGAUUGCGUUUUAGCAAUGGGAACGCCAAAUUAAGCAAAAAUUAGGUCGCAAAUGACGUGAUUUACAGAUAAAAAAGUUGUGAAACUUCUGCAGAGAAAAAAAGAAAAUCUAAACACUCAAUGCACUUGUCAUCUUGGAAUACAUCGAUCCGAACAGACUGUUUGUAUCUAUACGCUGCACGUUAAAUAUAAACAAACCAUUCUAAUAAUCCAACUGAUUUGAUGAAUGAAUUUCGCAUGUUAGCACUAGAUACGGGAAUGAUGGCAUUCCAAAGCCAUUUUCAACAUAUCUGAGUCCGUGAGUGUGGAUUUCUACUCAUAAUUUCCAAAUCAUAAAUUACUAGAUUCGCGAAAGUUGACCAUGCUCUCGUUCGUAUUUUCUAAAAAGUCAUUAAUAAUCGAGAGGAAUCGCAAAAUAGAACUUAAGUGUCAGAUGUCUUUUCAAAUUCAAAUAUUAUGGAGCAGAUACUCGAAAUCGCAAAAAAAAAACAAUUAUUUCUUCGGUGAUUAGCAUUGGUUUCUAUCGACAUCUAUUCAUUUAUAAUUUUCCAAUCAUUUCGUGUGUAAUACUGAACUUAGUACUUUCUUCUACUGUUUUGCACACGUAAAAAGUGUUACUUCGUAACUAAGCGGUUAUUCUUCUUUUCUUUGAUUUCUCUCAUUUCAAAUGUUAUUUUAAACGGCAAAUGAGAGAUAUUAGGGAAACGGAGAAGAACAGUUUAGAUACGAAAGUGCCUCUAUCUACGUUUGCGAAACAGUGGUUUAAUAUGGCGUUGUCUAUCCUUCUCAAUCUGUGAAAGUAUCCUCCGACAAGAGAACUCACGAUGUUUAUGGUGGUUAUGUAACAUUUUCUUUUACUAAAACAACAAAGCAGUUAAAAUUUCUAGCAUUUAAAUUAUGAUUCUAAAUUAAUGUC